UCUUUGACAAUAUCGUUAAAAUUUGGUUAAAAUGAAAUCGUUCGAUUGCCUAUAAAUUGAAAUUAAUCAUUAAAAAUAAUUAAUUAAGCAAUAACUUGAAUUAUAAAACUUUGUAUAUAUUAAAUAAAUCAUGGCCGAGUUGUUAUUAGAUCCAAAAAUACGUUUAUGGGUGUUUUUACCCAUUGUAAUUAUAACAUUUUUAGUUGGUAUUGUUAGACAUUAUGUUUCGAUUAUAUUAUCGUCUCAAAAGAAGAUAGAAAUUUUACAAAUGCAAGACAGUCAAGUGAUGAUACGUGCGAGACUGCUUCGUGAGAACGGAAAGUAUUUACCGAGACAGUCCUUCGCGAUGCGACGUCACUGGUUCAACAAUGAAGAUACUGGAUAUUUCAAAGUUCAAAAACGGGCAGCAACUUCCCAGAACCCCAUGACUGACCCAGGCAUGAUGACAGACAUGUUGAAGGGCAACGUGACCAAUGUAUUACCUAUGAUUGUGAUUGGUGGAUGGAUUAAUUGGAUGUUCAGUGGUUUCUUAACGACUAAAGUACCAUUCCCUCUAACCUUGCGUUUUAAGCCUAUGUUGCAACGAGGUGUAGAACUGGCGUAUCUCGAUGCUUCGUGGGUGUCAUCUGCCUCAUGGUACUUCCUUAAUGUUUUUGGUCUGCGUACAAUUUACACCCUUGUGCUCGGAGAGAAUAAUGCUGCUGAUCAGUCAAAGGUGAUGCAAGAACAGAUGUCAGGAGCAGCUAUGGCCAUGCCGCCCGACCCUAAGGCUGCAUUUAAAGCUGAGUGGGAAGCCUUAGAGAUCACAGAACACCGCUGGGCACUGGCCACAGCAGAGUCUGAUUUACUUGGUAAUGAAGACAAACAGCAGUAAUAAAAGAAAAUUUAUUAGUAAUAAAUUAUUUAAUUACGUAAUUGUACACCAUGGAAUAAGAAAUAUUUAUAGUAAUAAUUGUAAAAUAAAUAUGUGGUAAUAAAGUGAAGUGGUAAGGUUGAAUAUU